UCGACGUCACGCUUGACUUAGACAGUAUUUGUUUGUGCGGUGUGCGCGACUACUUCAGUUUGUUUUCAUCUCUCCCACUGAAACCUGGCUGACAGCACAGCGAAUUUCGUCCAGCAACGGGCCUUACAUUUACAACCAGAAUAUUGUGGGAUAAACAGCAUUCAACUGAAAAGAUUGACUCGCCUGUGUGAGGACCUCUUGACACAUUGAAGCAGGUCAAGUUCUUGGCUUUCUUCUUGUCUUGUGCAUUAACUUGGCUCAUUGCGGAAAUAACUUUACACAACUGGAUGCUAACUCAAGCUGCGUGCAAGCAAUACCCUCAGUAAACGCUUCUGCAAAGAAUGCUUCCUGCAUAUAUUACACCUACAACAUUAAAGGAGGUUUCUGCGAGGAUAUAGUUACUAGUUUGUACGUGUUUGGUGAUAGUGGUACCUUGAGGUACGGUGAAUUCGAGACCAACACAUUUCGAAGUUACUUUGAUAUCUUUGAAAUAGCCAAUGAGUGCAGACCACUAAUGAGAGAUUUGUAUUGCCGUUAUCAUUUCCCGCCGUGCGAUACUUCACUAGACAAGCCUCGUGCCCGUAAGAUUUGUCGCAGAACAUGCGAGUAUCUGGAUCAAGAGCUUUGUAAGAAAGAAAUGAUUUUAAUUAGAGAGGCAGCAAAGAAGGCCCCAGUUUUCGACCGAGAUAUGAUCAACUGCAGCUUAUAUGACGAUGCUAAUGGUGGAGAUGCUCCUGAAUGCUAUCAAUACUUUCCAAUAUCAGGUGAUGAUACAAAAAGCACAGAUUGUUUCUAUGGCAUUGGUGUUGGGUACCGUGGCAAUGUAAACAUCACCCGAUCUGGUCGUACCUGUCAGGCGUGGAACUCACAAUGUCCUCAUCGUCAUUGGCGUAUUCCUCAAGAUGUCACAGAUAGACAUAAUGACUUCAACAUGUGUCGUAAUCCAGAUAGCAGUGCCCCAGAUGGACCUUGGUGUUAUACCACUGACCCUAAAGUUCGAUGGGAAUAUUGCAACGUGUCGAAAUGUCCUCCAAGAGUUCCUGAAGAGGCCCCUACAUUCCUAAGAGGUUAUCCUCUCAAUUCAACUGCAAUCCACAUUUCCUGGAAUGGCUUGCCUCCAUCCCGCCACAAAGAACAACUGCUGGGCUAUCGAGUGAGAUACAGACGCCUUGGCUCUCCGCUGUAUGAAGAAGCAAAUACUGCAAGCAACAUGACAGAGAUUGUUGUUCUCAAUCUUGUUGCACAGACGAAGUAUGAGAUUGAAAUAAACGGAUUUAACGAAAUUGGACAUGGGCGAACGAGCAAGAUCCUGGUCAUAAAAACUUUGUCAUAUGGUGAAAUAAGUAUUGAUGUAAGUCUGCAGUUGGUGAUGGAUGCAGAUUUCAGCAGUGAUCUUUUGAACCGAACCAGCAGCAAGUUUGUGACAAUGGAAGAGAACAUCAAGACUUCGAUAAAGCACCACCUCAAUAAAUCCUCAGUUGUGAAGUUAUAUGACGUCGAAAUUCUGCGGUUCAGUAAUGGAAGCGUGAAAGCAGACGUCAGAGUCCUCGCGAUUAUGAAUACAAACACGACCAGCAUAGAUGAAGCUAUUGACCAGUUAAUCGACGGACUGGAUUCCUCAUUGGGGAAAGGACUUAAUGUGACUACCUUAAUAGUUCUCGAAAAACCUCCGCCUCCUAAAGACUUGACAGUGAUAAAUGUACAGACUCGGUACAUCGUGUUUGCCUGGGAUCAACCAAAACACGGCAGCUUUUACCAGAUACACAAUUAUACCAUAGAAAGAAAAACAUCAGCCUCCGAGAACUUCACAAUAGUGAAGACACAGCCAUACGAUCAGACAAGAAUGACUUUCAAGGAUCUAGAACCUUCCACAGAGUACACCAUUCGAUUAUCAAGCAACAACAGAUAUGGACGGUCGGAUGGUAUUUUGCUAACCGAAGGAACACUGCCAGACAGAUUCAUCAGGAAUUUAAUCCUGAUCAUCGUGUUACCUCUGACAUUAGCUGCGUUGUUUAUCGUGGUUGUUUGCCUCAAGUUCAGACCAACCUGUAAAUCGAGUUCUGAGCAAGCUGAGAUGGAGCUUUGGAUGCGCGGAGAUUGGGUUGAGAUUCGUAGAUCAGAUAUUACACUUAAAGAGAAGUUAGGGGAAGGUGCAUUUGGCGAAGCUUACAAAGGUUUGGUACGGAUGGAUGGAAAAUUGAGGGAAUGUGCAGUGAAAAAGCUAAAAGCGAAUGCUACAGAACUGGAGAGGCGGGACUUACUGAACGAACUUCAAAUCAUGGUGACAGUUGGUGACCACCCUAACGUCAUAAGUCUUAUUGGAGCUUGUACAAAGAGUGGGUCAAUAUUGGUAGUCGUUCGCUUAGCUGAGAAUGGUUGCUUGCUGAAUCAACUGAAGAAAAACAGAGAAAAUCCAUACAUUAACGUUGAAGAAAAACAUGUGAAUUUCUCACACACCGACAAAACCAGGAUCGCAAGAGAUGUAGCCAGUGGAAUGGUGCACCUGUCUAGCAAAAAGUGUGUUCAUCGUGAUCUUGCAGCAAGGAAUGUGCUUCUUGGCAAGAAUAAUGUUGCCAUGGUUUCUGAUUUCGGCUUGUCACGUGAUGUGUACGAAAGUGGUGAAUACGAGAAUACAUCCGGGGGAAUGUUACCAGUUCGUUGGAUGGCUCUUGAGUCACUGGAGGAUUACACUUACAACACUACGACAGAUGUGUGGUCUUUUGGUGUGCUACUGUGGGAAAUAGAAUCUGAAGGUAAAAUGCCGUAUUCCGGUCUUGGAGGGAUGGAGGUUGUGGAAUUUAUUAAGUCAGAAAAACGAUUAUCAAAACCGGAACGAUGCCCAGAUGAAAUUUACGACAUCAUGAUGUCAUGCUGGCGUCCAGACCCCUCAGAGCGGCCUUCAUUCGCCGAGCUUGUGACGUCACUGGAGCUUCAGCUGCACAGCAAAGAAGAUUCCUUGGAGGUUAAAAGCAAUGAAGUUGAAUCUGAAGGAAAUAUCAAUUUGGUAAUAGAAUUCGAUGACCAGAAAGAGGAGAAUACUGCUAUGUAGAUGAGAUAACUAAUAAUGACGGUAAAAUUGACACACACGACAGUGAACACAACGUUUUUGGUAACCUUUUUUGGUGACUAUAGAGUAAAGGAUCUUCACAUAAUGUAGCAUUUCAGCCCAAAACGCUCAUUAUAAAACGUAGCUAAAGAAUGGGCUUCUGAGCUAUGGCGCAUGCGUAAGGGCGUAGGGCGGGUGGUCUUUUGACGCCAUAAUUAUCUACAGGGUGACUUCAUCUCUCCUUCUGGAAGAUGACAUCAUCGGGUGGAAGAGCGUUUGCAUAGGGAUGUUAUGAUGUUGAUGACAACAUUUUCACCGUAGUGUAUAGUAAAUUCUCCCUUCGGAAAAUGACAUAGUCGUGGAGAGAAGCUAAAACAGAGAGGACGACUUAGAAUAGUUCAUCAUAAAAUGGACCCGUGUCCAGUUUGGCCUAUUACUGAGUAGAAAAGGUAGAAACACAUUUUAAUUAGCAGGGUAAUUUCAUAACAGAAUAAAAUAUACUUUGCAUUUUUCUGCUUGGGAAAUACUAAUUUUUUAGUCGAAAUGGAACUUGUCGGGGUUUGGACCCUAAAGUUGAAUUUAGACUUUGAGUAGUCGCUAAGCAAAAUAGAUAUCAAUUAAUUAGACAAUUUGACUAAUCAAUGUUACGGUUUUAGGAUCUCUGUGUCCUCUUAUGCCUAAGCCAUUGUAUAAUCCGCUGUUCUCUAAAUAGUCUGUACGAUUUUCCAUGAUUUUCUUAACCAAAUAAUAAAUUAUUUGCCCAAACUAAAGUUUGUACUUAAUGGAAAGAACUAUCCUUCUUUAGUUAAAAUCUGUUACCUUAUGGAAUUUCAAUGUUCGUGAAAAUGACAAUGACAAUUAAUUACCAUUAUGUGCAAAUAACACGUUCAUGAUAAGGGCGAUGUAAGCAAGGUUCGUUUUUCCUCAUUAUUUUCCGUGUGGCUGCUGAUUAUCUUUUGAAAUCAAUGGAAAGGGAUCGAAUACUGUUGAUCACGCUAUGGGUUUUGCAAGGGCUAGAUAAGUGUCAUGGACAGUGAAAGAGACUUGUUGUGUCACGAUGACCGAGUUUAUAAGCUUAAUCAUUUAAUGAGAACAACCCAAAUUCCGGCUAAAUCAGUGCAGCUUUGAAAUUGAGUGAGCAAGUGGAAUUCAGUGCAAUUUCAAGGUCACCAUGGUAAACGUUACCACUCGCUCUCCUCGACAAUGGUCACAGUUAAUUGUCACAGCUAUUGACAAAAACGAAUAAAAUUCGUCUCAUUUGUCGUA